GCGCUUCACGAAUCGGGGAGCCUUUCCGGAUUGCGUGGGGUCUAAUUACGCAUUACGAUUGCACUGAAAACACUGUAGCAACAGCGUUGCGAUUUUGAGGAAACCAGGCUUUACAAAUAAUGGUGUACAGUAUAUCAAUUUGAAGUUCUAGGCUGACCUCCGGAAUCGAAAGUCACGGUCAAGAAUUUGGACGAGGUCGUGGAUUGUUAGAGAAAGCUGGGUGUCAAGACGGACCUUAUGGAAACAAUGCUGCAGACUUUUUGAAAAAUGAAGCAAAUAAUGUUCUUCAAAGUGACGCAUACGAUUUAAAUAAAAACAGUAAUAGAAUGAAGAGAUUUGUGCAAUGUAGCAGUCCUUUUAAGUUGAUGACAUUAUCAAUGCACACAACGCCAAAAAUGAAAAUGUGUUUCUCUCCUAAACGAGCUGUAUGGGAACGUUCAAGUUACAAGUAUUUUCUGCCUAUUCAAAGUAGAUGGUCUGACAAUGAUCAGUAUGGACAUGUUAACAAUGUGAUUUACUAUUCAUAUUUUGAUACAAUCAUCAACCAUUACCUAAUCAAAUAUUGUGAUCUGAAUGUAGAUUUGACAGAAACAAAUAUGGUUGGUUUGAUGGUGGAGACGCAAUGUACAUUCAAACAGCCAGUUAGUUUUCCUGAAGUGGUGUUAGCGGGUUUGAGUGUCUCUAAAAUAGGGAACUCCAGUGUGCACUAUACCAUUGGAUUAUUUGCAGAGAAAACACAAAAUAAACGAGAAUCAUGUUUUCCUUUUUCAAGCAGUUUUAAUGGUGAAGAUUUUUUCUGCCAUGAAAGCGAGGCAUGUGCAGUUGGGAGAUGUGUCCAUGUAUUUGUCGAUCCAGCAACACAUAAAUCCAUAUGCUUACCAGACAAAUUUAGAGAUUCUUUAGAAAGAUUACAUAAGACUAUUGAUAGUAAAUUAUAGCCAUCGCAUUUGGAAAUAGAAGUUUACCAUUAUGAAUUAUUGCAGAUGCUGAAUGUUUCACCAAUGCAUAAUGUUUAAGUUCAAUAGUGAAAUAACAUAAUUUAUAAUUUGAGCAGUGAAGUAGAUUCAAUUAUUCUAUUGUAUAAUCAACUCAUUAAUAAGCAUAUGGACAAUUAUCAUUGCAUUUUUAAUAGUUUCAUAUAAUUACUUUGGACUACCAUUUCAAGCAAUUAAUAUGAGGAAAAUGAAUAGUGUAAAUUAUUGAAGGUAAUAAAAUAGUUACCAUCUGAAGGAGAAGAGCUGAAAUCUGUAUUUGUUUGAUAAUGAUGAUAAAAAUGUUGAUUACAACAAUUAACUGUGUAUAAUAAAGCCACAAAAUAAUCAA